AUGGAAUAUGAACAUUUGGAACUGAUUACCAUUUGGCCUUCACCGACAAAGGGCAAACUUUGCCAAUUCAUCAAGCAGAAUCUUUCGAAAGAGCAUGUUAUUACCCAGUUAUUUUUUAUUGAUGCCACGAGCUCAUUCCCACUAAACCAAUUCCAAAAAUUUGUACCGCCAAACCUUCCAGAAAACGUCAAAAUAUACGAGAAUAUCAGAAUCAACACUUGCCUUGAUCUCGAAGAACUUAGUGCCAUAACAGUAAAACUACUACAGAUUUUAUCCAUGAAUAAAAUAAACGCUCAAAGAGGUACAAAAGACGCCGUGAGAGAACCGCUAAAGAUCAUCCUGUAUAUUAAUGGGUUGGAAGUCAUGUUUAGAAACACCCAGUUCAAAUCUUCUCCUCAAAGAUCACACGAAUUAUUAAGGGACAUUUUGCUCAAAUUACGUAUAAUGGGGAAUGAUGAGAAUGCAUCUAUAAGAACACUGCUAGAAUUCCCUAAGGAGCAGCUUUUGGAUUAUUACUUGGUAAAAAAUAACGAUACAAGAACAUCAUCUGUGCGUAACAAGAGAAGGCGAAUUAAAAAUGGAGAUUCCCUUGCUGAAUAUAUCUGGAAGUAUUACGCAGAUUCAUUACUCGAAUGA